CUUCCCUGUUCGGCUAUGUCGGACAAUCAGAGUUGGAAUUCCUCUGGUUCCGAAGACGACCCCGAGACAGAGCUCGGGCUGCCCGUUGAGCUCUGUGGGGUACUCAGCAAGUGGACCAAUUACAUUCAUGGGUGGCAGGAUCGAUGGGUAGUUCUGAAAAGCAACACACUCAGUUACUACAAGUCUGAAGAUGAAACGGAGUAUGGCUGUAGAGGUUCUAUCUGUUUGAGCAAGGCUGUGAUUACACCUCAUGACUUUGAUGAAUGCAGGUUCGAUAUUAGUGUAAACGACAGUGUUUGGUACCUCCGAGCUCAGGACCCAGACCACAGACAACAGUGGGUAGAUGCAAUAGAACAACACAAGACUGAAUCUGGCUAUGCAUCAGAGUCAAGUUUACGACGCCAUGGCUCCAUGGUGUCUCUUGUUUCUGGAGCGAGUGGGUACUCUGCAACAUCCACCUCUUCAUUCAAGAAGGGCCAUAGCUUACGUGAGAAGCUUGCAGAAAUGGAAACCUUUAGAGACAUAUUGUGUAGACAAGUCGAUACUUUACAGAAAUACUUUGAUGCCUGUGCAGAUGCAGUUUCCAAAGAUGAACUCCAGAGGGAUAAAGUGGUAGAAGAUGAUGAAGAUGAUUUCCCUGCGAUGCGUUCUGAUGGGGAUUUUUUACAUAACAGUAACAGCAGUAAGGAAAAAUUGUUUCCAUAUGUGACACCCAAAGGAAUUAAUGGCAUAGACUUUAAGGGAGAAGCUAUAACUUUCAAGGCAACUACCGCUGGAAUCCUUGCUACACUCUCUCAUUGUAUUGAACUCAUGGUAAAACAUGAAGAAAGCUGGCAAAAAAGACUAGAUAAGGAAAUAGAGAAAAGGAGAAGAAUUGAAGAAGCAUACAAAAAUGCUGUGACAGAGCUGAAGAAAAAGUCCCACUUCGGAGGGCCAGACUAUGAGGAGGGUCCUAAUAGUCUGAUUAAUGAAGAAGAAUUCUUUGAUGCUGUUGAAGCUGCUCUUGAUAGACAGGAUAAAAUGGAAGAACAGUCCCAAUGUGAAAAGGUCAGAUUAUACUGGCCAAUAUCCUUACCUCCCGGAGAUGCAUAUUCUGCUGUGGGGACUCAUAGAUUUGUCCAAAAGCUCUAUAGUCGCUCUUCCUCCAUGUCUUCCAUUGAUCUAGUCAGUGCCUUUGAUGUUCACAGAUUCAGCACCCAGGUGGAAGAGAUGGUACAAAACCAUAUGACAUAUUCCUUGCAAGAUGUAGGAGGAGAUGCCAAUUGGCAGCUAGUGGUAGAAGAAGGAGAAAUGAAGGUGUACAGAAGAGAGGUGGAAGAGAAUGGAAUAGUGUUAGAUCCUUUGAAAGCAACACACGCUGUUAAAGGGGUAACAGGGCAUGAAGUUUGCCACUACUUCUGGAAUGUUGAUGUUCGUAAUGACUGGGAAACAACAAUUGAACAUUUCCAUGUUGUGGAAAAUCUAGCUGAUAAUGCCAUCAUCAUUUAUCAGAUGCAUAAGAGAGUGUGGCCGGCUUCUCAAAGGGAUGUGCUGUAUUUGUCUGCCAUCAGAAAAAUACCAGCAUUCAGUGAAAAUGAUCCUGAAACAUGGAUUGUUUGCAAUUUCUCUGUGGAACAUGACAGUGCUCCUAUGAACAAUCGUUGUGUCCGUGCCAAAAUAAAUAUUGCUAUGAUUUGUCAGACUUUAGUAAGCCCGCCAGAGGGGAACAAGGAAAUAAGCAGGGACAAUAUCCUAUGCAAGAUUACAUAUGUAGCUAAUGUGAACCCAGGAGGAUGGGCACCAGCAUCAGUGUUACGGGCAGUGGCAAAAAGAGAAUAUCCAAAAUUCUUAAAGCGUUUUACAUCAUAUGUGCAAGAGAAAACGGCAGGAAACCCUAUUUUAUUCUAG